AUGGACCAAUCAAUUAAACAAUCUAUUAUUGAAAAAUACAAGACCAAAGAUCAAUUAAUUCAACAGGGGAUAUGGAAAGGUGAGAUAUAUAAUUAUAAAUACAAAAAUUUGAGCUUUAAUAACUUGAGUAUCCGAGGUUGGAUUUGGAAAACAAUUAUAUUAAAUAUAGAUAAUAAUUCCGACAAUUAUUUUUAUGAUUCCAAUAAUAUAGAUAUUUUAUUAUUAAAUGAUAAAUUCAAUAAUGAUGAUUUCUUUAGAGUACCUAUCAUCGAUUCUAAUGAAGAUAACAAGAGUAGUGGCGGUUGUGGUACUAAAAAUAGCGAUGAGGAAGAUAGUGAUAUUCAAAGUCUUCAAAUCACUAAUAAUAGUUGUGCGUCAGCAAAGAAAUCUAAAAAUGUUGGGAGAGUGCGUUCACUAAUUAAAAAGAGAAAUUUAACCAAUAUUAGACGAUUAACUCCCAAGGAAACACCUUUGGGAUUUGAUAAUCAAAAUUUAGAUGAUGGAGACGUGGAAAAUAGACAAUCGAGCAAUCGAAGUAUUGGAUUUGAAAAAAAAUCACCGCAAAAAAACCAACAUCAUCAUCGUCAUACUCGUUCAAUUGAUAGUACUAUGCAUAAUGGGGAAAAUGUGGAAGAAGAAGAUGAUGAUUAUGAAGUAGAAAUGUCUUUAAAGGAGACAUUGGAGAUUAUUGAUUUAGACUUAUCUCGGUUAUUAUUGGACCCGAUAUUUUUGGAUGAUAAUAUCCAUGUUCAAAUGAGACAAUUAUUGUAUAAUUAUAUUGUAUUAUUACGGAAUGGAGAUUUCUCAUGGCAAGAUAAAUCAUCAUCGUCAGGUGCUUUUCCUCUUGAUAAUCCAUUAGAAAAUUUCAAGAGUAAAAAUUAUCAACAAGGGUACCAUGAGAUUUUGGGGUUGAUAUAUUUACAAGUUUACAAGACUAGUGUCGACCAUGGUUCAGGGAAUCUCUCUAGUACGACUGAGUUAGGGUUGAGUAAAUUGGAAAUGAGAAAUGUUUUUGAAAUAUAUAUUAAAUUAAUGGAGCAAAUAAAGCCAAUAUUUUACGAAAGGAAACGAUUAAUUCGUUGGGAAAGGACUCAGUUUCAAAACAUUUUACAAAACUGUAAUGAAGUUGUGUAUUCUAAAUUAUAUCCUGCGAUUACUAAUGUAUCUAAUAAAUCAGGAGCAAAAAAUACUAAGACAGGUAAUUAUUCCAAUUUGAUUUGGUUAGUUCGAUGGACAAGAUUAAUUUUCUUAAGGGAACUGCCCAGAGAAGAUGUAUUGAUCAUUUGGGAUCAUAUCUUGACAUUCCAAUACCCUAUCGAAAUCUUUAUGGCAUGUUUGAUUAUUCUAUUAUUAUUGUUGAAAUUCAACAAAAUCAGUCAAAUCGAUCCUAUUGUAGAUAAUGAUGAGAUCUUAGAAUUAAUGUUACAUUACAAGUUGAACGAAACUGAAGGCGACGGAAGUACAAAGAAGGAGAGUGCAAUAAAUUGCAUAGAGUUGUGUAAGAUAGCAGGUAAUCUUUCUGAAUUAUGGUAUUAUGAGAAAUACGAUGAUAUGAAAUGUAUUUGUGAUACUUUUUUAAAGAUUCAAAUGGGGGUAGAGAUGAGCCAGUAUCGUAAAGAGGAGAAAGCGAUUCAAGAGUUGGAGAAAAGUCAAAUCAAGACACAUUUGAAGGUGGAUCCCAACAGAUUGCGCUUAGAAGAAAGGCUGAGAUCCCGUGUUCAUGAACGGUUGAAUAAAUAA